ACUGAUUCGAUUUUCGUGUAUAAAAACACAUUUAUUUAAAGUCGUGCACAAUCCCAAGUUUAUUAAUAUUUGAUCACAAUAUUUUCACAACCAGAAAAAUAAUCUUGAAGAGAGUGGUGUUUUGUAUAUCUGACUUGUCAUACGGUCUGUCUGAAUGGGCAUAAUGAUGAAUCUCGCCUUUUUAGCCUCUCUCUCUAUUUUCCCCGCCCUUCUUUAGCAUCGAAACUUGGGUUCGCCGCGUUGCCACAUCACCGUAGCACGUCAUGCACUCAUUGCAUGCACGAGCAGACGCUGGAAGAGGCCAUAGACUGGUCUACCUUUUACCGCAGGUUGCCUUUUAUUGUCCGGAAUUGUUAACUCAUUGUCCUUUUCAACAGUCGAUCAAUACAGUGAAGGCUUUUUGUCGUGUCUGUAGCUCUCGGCAUGUUAGGGAUAGAUCACGUAGCUCCAUGACCAAGCAGAAAUGACCGGUAAUAAUGUGAACGCGCCUUACGUGAAUAGCUAUUAAGUGACAUAAUCCUCCGUAUUAAAGUCGUGUUCUUUGAUUGAGGGCUUCAAAAACCAACACCCAAUCGAUGUCUUCUUCAGAGAGACAAGUGACACGGUGACCAUCGACAGGCCUACGUGGCAUGAUUUGUUUAUUAACAGUACCGCUCCCCUGGUAGAAUGGAGGCGGCCGACAAGGCAACUUCCCUGCUGGUAUUCCACAGGGACCGCCUCAGUAAGCUCAGGGGGGGCAUAUCCCGCGUCCUGGAGGCUUUUGUUGAUGUACUCGACGACAAGGGAGGGAUCGCAAGCAACGAACCUGCUGAAGUUAGGAAGCAGCUCCAGGAAAUUGAGGAUACGUCCUGGAGCCGGAUUCGUGAGCAUUUUCUAGACCACCACGAGCCGUCAGAGGGGCCGCAGGAAGGGCGGAGCGUAGCCAGACUCCUCCUCGACUUCACCAACAAGUUGGAUGACGUCAAGGAUGCGCUGGAAGACAGGCUGAGGGAACUUGCACAACAGAAAGAAUCGACACUCCAGCAGGAAGUUAAAGAUCUACAAAAAAAGUUAACUGAGGAGAAGACGAGAGCGGCCGACCUGAAAUGGAAACACCAGGAGCUGGCCGAGUCGUCGAGCUCGGAAAAACACCUGAAAGGAGUUCUCCAUCAGCAGCUCAAGGAGAAGCAGGAAAUGAUAGCCCAGCUACAAAGAAAUGGAACAGUUCAGCUCUGGGAGAAAGAGAAGGCCAAACUGCUAGAGGGCAGUAAACAGCGAGAGGAGAACCUCGCGCAAGAAUUGGCGCAAUUAAGGGACACGCACGAGGACAUGAAAGACCGACUCAAUCGACGAAUCAAAGACCUGGAGGAAAAGGUGAAAUUGGAACGAAUGAAAGACAUUGUGAGCAAGCUUGCAUCCAAGGACGAAAUUGAGGCCGAUGUAGAAUCUCUGAAGCGACAGCUGUACAUCAAAGAGGUCGAUCUGGCUCGGUUGGACCAGGAGCUUAUCAACCAGCAGAGGCUGUUCGUGGGGUGCAUCAAGGGCAUCCAGAGAGACUUCAGAGUGAUGGAGGAAAGACAAGAAGGACGGAGGCUCCGAAAGGACGACCUGCAGAAGAUGAACGCCAUCCUAGACGCCAUCUUGGCCGGCGCUAAAGAGGCCCGAUUGGAAAUCACCAAGGCAGACCUGCCACUUCAUUAUAUCGCAGUCCAAGAGGAUAUUGUGGCACACCCAGCCAAAAGAAUGACCAGACCGAGUAUACUCGCUCCCGUCAUCAGUCGACAUCUUGAGACAAUCGGGGAUUCCCCAUGUGCGUCACCUAAGUCCAGUCCACCUGGGAGUCCGAAUCAAACGCCUCGUCGCUUCAUGUCCCUAGACCUACCCCACCCAAACUCCAGUCCCGCUCUCUCGUCUCUCAGCCGAUCGUCGACGAUGCCGCUCAUCGAGUCCUCGUCCGUUAACGGACAGGCGGUGUCUGCGAGGAGGCCACCGCCUUCGGGCAGGGCCAAGAUCUCCGUAGAGGAGUUCGGUCUCAUCCACAAAUCCCCGAGGAGCGGCUUCGGGGCGCCGAAAACGCCGAGCUCGGGCACGAGCCCUUCCGGGAGGAGCCCGAACCUCACGCGAAACCACCGCGCCACGUCGAUCCCCGAGAGCGCACGGAGUCCCUCCCUGCGCAGGCGGCGUGCCGUGUCUUCACCCGUGCCCCCGGAACUGGCAAGUCUCGCCAGACCGCCGUCAGUCAGUCCCAGAGAGCCGACUGGGGCGACGCUCUUGCCUGCGCCUCGCCAGCCUUCCAGAAGCGCGAGUCCGGGCGGGCGGAACGGGAUGGCGUCAGCCCGGAAAGCUCGCGGGUCCGGUAAACUCAAAGCUGAUACCGAGAGCUUGGGCGCUUCCAAGGAGGACGGCACCUCACAAGACGGCAAGCCUCAGGCCAAGAGUACACUGACUGGAUCUGGUGACUUCCACCUUGAGAAAGCAGGGAACCAGCGAGGAGACAAUAAAAGCUUUAACGCAACGCAGUUUUUCGGGACAGAGCACCCUGAACUUAUUGAUAAGGAGACAGGGAUACUGGACGCGGCUACUGCCCACACAUGCUUCCCGCACAUGUCGGAGGAACAGAUACGAGAACACUAUCAGCAGUUCAAGAAGUAUGACACGAAUGGAGACUACAACCUCGACUUUACGGAAAUGACACAGGCGAUUCAGUCUACGGUGGCCGAUUACUACAAACCGAGACAAAUCAAGGAAGCGAUGGUCGAGAUCGACGUGGACCAGUCUGGCUCCGUGGAUUUCUACGAGUACCUAGGCGUCUCCACAAUGCUGCAGAUGAAGAUAGGCAAGUCGGAGAUCUUCCGCAGUACCAUGGUGAAGCACGCAGGCGGCUCCAUAUCGAAAGUCUGCUCGAUACAGUGAUAGGCCGUGAAGGAACUUGAUGUCAGCUAUCAGGACGAACAGUUCAAGAAUGCAAGAAUUGACAAGGACAGUGUACCCCCAGAGCUGGAAGAUCUCCAUCAUAAAAGCGAUACAGCGCUUUCAUGAAGAAAUUCAAACGAGCAUUCCAAUUGUUUUUUAGUAAUUCACAACUGCUUUGUGUGGAGCUAAACCCAUCGAAUGACCUGUCUACAAAGCCUGUUUACCAUCGCUGGAAGGCUGGUUCAUACUUGAAGCAAAAACAAAUAUGAACUCAGAGUCAUGACGUCGGAUCACUAUUCUUGCUUCGAAUUUUCGAAAUUAAAACACAAUUUCAACUCAUUCGUAGGAACUACUGCGUGUCGUCCAAUUCGAUUCGCUUUCGCGUUCGACUGAAGUAUGAAGCGGCCUUCGCCUUUGUUUCCUGCCACAAAGGCGACGGCAUUCAGGAACGCACUCAUAGAAUCUUGCCCAUGGAAAAGUGAAGUCACUGCCGUUGAAAUGGUUUGAGACAAAGUGAUGGCCGCAUUUCAGAGGCCAUUGCUGCGGCGUCGCCAUACUUGCUGACAGGUGGUACGCGCGUGCGUUACACGCCACCUCCGCCUGUAGGGUGUCAGACGUGUUUAAAAUGCGCGUGUGCCAAUGUUAAGAACGCGCGCGCGAGUGUGGUGCCACUGCAGUUUUAAUGACGGCGCCCCUGAUCAGUCUUUCACAGAGCUGUUCAUGGAGAGAGCAUGCAGCUAAUGUGUGCUAAUUAUACCGAGUUUGGUCCUCUUAUAAAUUUGGUUCUGGAAUCCCCCUGGAAUUAACAAAUCUUGUUAUUUCAAGAAGCACUUUGUGUCGGGGAGGUGGUAAAUUUAAUUAGAGAUUUUACCGAGGAAUAUACGCUGAUGUAUAUGGGCGAAACCCAGCAAUUAAAAGUCUUGUUAUAAUGUUGAUGGUGACUCUAUUAUCAAGGAGGUUGAGUUUUGAUUAGAUUUAUGUCAUAUUACAGUUUCGUUCAAGGUUUAUAUUGUAUGAAUGAUUUCCUUGUACCCAGAAAGAUCGUAAGCCGGUUGAAUGUUCUCACCUUUCGUAUUCUAGCUGUCGUGUACUUAAAAAUCAGGCACAUUUGCGCCGCUGUUUAUUUCUUGCAAUUUUCUUUUCCAUCGUACCGUUAUCCAAUCUGAGUUUCUCCACAGGAAGGCAAUAUUUCAUACAGCUCAUAAUACUGACAUGAAAUCAACCGGUUAACCUGUCGCGCUCAAUUAAUCGGUUAGGCCGUGAAACUUAGAGCGGGCUUUGCACGUGUAUGGGAUGCACAGUUAUGGCAUUUUGGAGAAAGUAUGUUGGCCUGAGAAGGUUCCCAAAAUGAGUUUAAAAGACACACGCUGGAAGUAAAAGAGAUUUCUACUGACGCUGAAACUACAAGCGUGGCUAGCAAUUAGAAUAAAGAUCAUGUUAGUGAUUUAAACAGUGGUGUGUUUGGAAUUGUCGGUUGCAGAACUUGUCUUUAGACAACUUAAACAUUCCAUUUAGCAAUCAGUAAUUGAAGACAAUCAGAAGGCAAAAGCAGCAUUUUAAUAUUAUAUGUUCUGUCCAUUGACAGCAUUACUUGUACAUAGUGAGAUUACAUGGUGUAUUUUUUUGUCGAAUUUAAACUUGGAAGUUCACAAAUGGUACUGUAUAAGAGCAUCUUGGUAAUUAUGUCGCAGAGAAAGCCCUUGAAUUUAAGUGAAUUAAGUGUCUACUUGAAAGGCGAAGUCCAAGAUUAAACCCUCAGUCAUGUUGAAGGCAUUUAUUCAUUUUAAA